AUGAGCUUCCAGCAACACCAAAAGUCGAAAGACAAUGGACGUGCGGAUGCCAUCGGAAUUGGCUUUGUGUCCAUCAAUGUUUGCAAGACAGACUCAUCACAGGGAAUCAUGGGACAGGGACAAUGGACACGGACACGGGACACGCGACACGGACAUGGGACAAAUGGGACAAUGAAGCCGAAGAAGGACACCAAGCAGAAUGCCGCCAGCAACCGCCGUCAAGACUCCCCCUAUUUUCCUCAAUAUCGUCCACCAACCCUAGUAGGUUCCGUAUCCUAG